AUUACUGGAGGCAAGUGGAACACAGUGGGGAAGAUAUAAAACUGUAUUAUCUUAGAUUGUACUAUGCCUUCAGUUAAUAGGAAAAAAAGUUAAUCUAUUCAGCAUUGCUGCAAUCUUCAUAGAUAAAACUGUUAAUCUUUGACCCUUAAUAUGUUUUUGUUAGUAUCUUCCCAGUGUCUCGCUAUGUGGUUACACCUUUAGGGAUUUCUUUGCAAGAGGAAACAAAGAUUAGUUUGCAUUUCACAAGCUAUUCAGAGUAGGUAGCACCUCUACUGUAACUGAUGUUUGGCAGCUGCAGGAAAGCAGCAGUAACUACUCAUUAAGAAAAUGGAUUCGACUGUACGUUUAAAUAUGGAAGAGCCUGUUAAAAAAAAGCGAGUGAAUAAGUAUAAAAUAAUCUCUGGGGUACUUCUUGUGGCUUUGGUGGUGAUGUCACUUGGUUUAGGACUGGGCCUGGGAUUAAAAAAGGAAACGAUAGACAUUCCUAUAGAGCAGCCAGUGAGACCAUCAGUGUCAUGCAGACAAAGAUGCAAUGAAACUGACACCUUGAUGGAAGAUGAUUGCCACUGUGAUUCCAAGUGUGUUGAACAAGGAAAUUGUUGUUUUGAUUUUGAUGAUCUAUGCGUAAAACCAAGCGUGGAGUGGACAUGUAGCAAGGUGCGCUGUGGAGAGAAGCAGAUUUCUGAACGCCUUUGCUCAUGCUCAGAUGACUGCUUAACUAAAGGAGAUUGCUGUUCAAAUUACAACGCUGUUUGCAAAGGAGAAGUUCCCUGGGCAGAAGGCACAUGUGACAGCAGUACAACUCUCCAGUGUCCUGAAGGAUUUGAUCUACCACCAGUCAUCCUCUUUUCACUGGAUGGAUUUCGAGCAGAGUACUUACAGACCUGGGGUGACUUAAUGCCAAACAUAAAACAAUUGCAAACAUGUGGAACACAUUCAAAGUAUAUGAGAUCAGUGUACCCCACGAAGACCUUUCCCAACCACUACACAAUAGUCACAGGAUUGUUUCCAGAAUCAAAUGGCAUCAUAGAUAACAAUAUGUAUGAUUACAAUACAAACAAGAUGUUCUCUCUUUCUGGGAAUGAGAAAUUUAAUGAGACCUGGUGGCAUGGACAGCCGCUCUGGCUGACUGCUAUGUACCAAGGAUUGAAAGCUGGCACAUUCUUCUGGCCUGGGUCUGAUGUUCCUAUAAAUGGUUCUUACCCUACCUACUACAAACUUUAUGAUGGGUCUGUUGUCUAUGAAAAGAGAAUACAAAACAUUCUACAGUGGCUAGAUCUUCCAAAAAAUGAAAGGCCAGAUUUUUAUACUUUGUACAUUGAGGAGCCAGACUCUUCAGGACAUUCAUUUGGUCCAGAAAGUGGCGGGGUGAUUCGGUCAUUGUUACUUGCUGACAGGACAGUGGGGAUGUUAAUGGAUGGACUCAAGCAAAGGAAUCUGCAUAACUGUGUGAAUAUGUUAUUGGUCGCUGAUCAUGGAAUGGAGAAAACCUAUUGUGAACAGUUGGAGUACAUGACAGAUUAUUUUCCCUCAAUAGCUUCUUUUUACAUAUAUGAUGGACCAGCAGCUCGCGUUCGAGCAAGGACAGUCCCACAGAACUAUAUAACAUUUGAUUCUGAAGGGGUAGUGAAAAAUCUCACUUGUCGUAAGACAGGUCAGCAUUUCAAGCCUUACAUGAAGUAUGACCUCCCUAAGCGAUUUCAUUAUGCCAACCACAUUCGUAUCGACAAAGUUCACAUCUACGUGGACAACCAGUGGCUUUUUGUAAGGGACAACACAUAUACCUUUUGUGGAGGCGGGAACCAUGGAUAUGACAAUGGCUUCAAAAGCAUGGAGGCGAUCUUUAUAGGACAUGGCCCAGGAUUUAAAAAGCAAACAGAAGUAGAAUCUUUUGAUAAUUUUGAACUCUAUAACUUAAUGUGUGAUUUGCUUAAAAUCCAACCAGCUCCAAACAAUGGGACACAUGGCAGCCUGAACCAUUUACUGACAAGUCCUGUCUAUAAUCCAACUCAUGCUGCAGAGAAAUCCCAGCCAUCAAGCUGCACAUUUAUGCAGCCAACCUCCAAUUUAAGCUGCUCCUGCAAUUACGCGUUUGAUGAAACCAUGCUAAAUGGAAGAUUAACCCUUGAUGAAGCCAGCAUAAAUGAGGCAGAGAGGAAGCAUUUGCCAUAUGGCAGACCUAGGAAUGUUAUUGAAAAUAGUACCUAUUGCCACCUUCAUCACCAAGGCUAUGUGAGCGGAUACAGCCAUAAUAUACUGAUGCCACUGUGGAGUGCCUAUAAUAUAGAAGCACAGGGAGAAGGCUCUUCUAUUCCUCCUACACUGCCAGACUGUCUGCGGCCUGACGGUAGAGUUCCAGAGGCAAACAGCCAGAAGUGCUCAGACUACAAGCCAGAGAUGAACGUAGGCCACAGCUUCCUCCAUCCUCCCAACUUUAACAGCAGUGAAAUUGAACAGUAUGAUUCUCUAAUUACAAGCAACAUAGUUCCCAUGUACAAAGAAUUCCUUAGAAUCUGGAACUACUUGAACAAUGUCUUGCUGCUUCAGUAUGCUUCAGAAAGAAAUGGACUAAAUGUGAUUACUGGACCAGUUUUUGAUUACAACUAUGAUGGACAUGUUGAUGAACCUAACCAAAUCCAACUUUAUGUUGAAGGAACCAGGAUUCCUAUCCCUACUCAUUACUUUAUGGUGUUGACCAGCUGCAAAAAUACUGCAGAGACUCCAGUGAGUUGCACGGGCAAUCUCGAUGUCUUGUCUUUCAUCAUUCCUCAUAGAUCGGACAACAGUGAAAGCUGUGCAGAUGAUAAACCAGAGGAUCAAUGGGUUGAAGCUAGACUCCAUGCACACGCAGCUCGUGUUCGAGAUGUGGAAUUGCUUACUGGACUGGACUUUUACCAAGGCAGAAAUCAGCCAAUUACAGACAUUUUACAGCUCAAGACAUUCUUACUAAUUUUUUAAAUUUUUGAAAACUGAAAUUUAAAUAAUUAAAAUGUUAUACAUUUGCCAUACUAUUUAUACAUACAUGAAGUAAAUGGCAAUACCUUCAUCAUGAAUAUUUAAAAAAAAAAAUACAUAUUCUUGUAAAUCUGACAGUAGCUUCAAAACCAGGUCUGCACCCAGUGACUGAUCUAAUAAAUAUAUAUAAUUAAGGUGUUAUAUAAUAAAUGAUGGAAGACAUUGCAAAUCAUUAAAAUGGGUUUGUAUGGUAACUUAUUGAAUUAAUUGUUGGCAUUUUGCAAUCAGUUUGAUAAUAGUUGAAUGCCAAAUAGUGGCUGUUAACAAGAUUUGCACUAAAAUAAACCGUUUUCAAUGUAAAAAA